CUAGUAUUUAAGGGAGCCUUGUUCCAUUACCAAUUCAUCAAUUCAAACUUAUAACUCUCUACAUAUACAUACUGCAAUCAAACAACCGAUCAAUCAAAAGAUGGAAGGCAAAACUUUGAUUGUAAGUGUUCUCGUUAUGAGCCUCUUCAUGGCACAAAUCCAAGUUGACGCUAAGAGCUGCUGUCCUACCAGCACUGCUAGAAAUAUCUAUAAUACUUGCCGCGUUGUGGGAGGUUCCAGGCCAUCAUGUGCAGGCCUCAGUGGCUGCAAAAUCGUUGAUGGGUCAUGUCCUAACGGAUACACUAACGAGAAUCUUGAAAACACAGGUGAUGUUGUUAGUGGAUACUGCAAGGUUGGAUGUGUAUCCUCUGUGUGCGGUGGUUUAACCACUCUCCAAAACUCUGAUGCAAGUGAAAUCGUGAAUGAAGCUGCUGGAAACUGUGCCUUGGCGUGUUCUAAAGUCUGCAACAAAGGUUCGAUGAAUGCAGUUGGAACUGCCUAGACAACCUUAUUCACAAAGAUACGAAGUACAUCAUCUAUGGAGUGUUGUUUUUCAUGUUUUUCAUGUUUUCAUCAAUAAUUGUCGUGUAUGUGAGAAAAAUGUAGAAGGUUAUCGAUCCCUAGAUUGCAUAUGCCUUCUAUUCCCUAUGUUUUCAAUAAUAUGUAAUUGUGUCGUGAUAUUUUACGUUCAACCAUUGAAGUUACUUUGUGCCUA